AUGGACCCCCGCACCAGCGCCCAAGAGCUCAUCCUCUGUGAGUUGUGUAAAACAGGUGCUUUACAGAGUCAUUGUGAACUUUGUCAGAUAAACCUGUGUAAGGCCUGCGUAGGGGAACAUCUCUCUGAUUCAUCUAAAAGACACAAUGUUGUACCAUACAAACACAGAAAAUCCACUCCUAACUACCCAAAAUGUGCUAAACAUGCACAGAAACAUUGUGAACUAUAUUGUGAAAAAUGUGACAUUCCUGUCUGUAUUACCUGCAUAUCUAGUGAACACAAAGGACAUGAUUUAUCAGAUAUUCAAAGACUGUUUAGCUCUAAAACAGUGGAAUCAGAAAGAGACUUGAGAGAAUUAAGGAAAGAAAUAUAUCCAGUUUAUGAAAAAAUUGCUUCAGAUUUAAACUCUGAAAAAGUAAACUUGCAGGAACAUUUCGAAAAACUGACAAUAGAAAUCACAAAGCAGGGGGAAGACUGGCACCGAGAAAUUAACAUCAUUGUCAACAAACGAAAAUCUGAAAUCGAUGAGAUGAAAGCAAAAUACUUGGCUUUGCUAAAUAAACAACAAGAAAAAAUCAAGCGGGCUAUUUCUGACGUGAAUCAGAGUAUUCUUGACUUGAAUGAAAUACUAGAUUCCAAUGAGGUUUCCCUUACCUGUGCAUACAAAUCCAGGAAUGCUGAAUUUAGAAAUUUACCACCUAAAGUCAAUGUUCAAUUACCAAGUUUCUCUUCUCAAAUAAACAAAGAACAACUCCAUGAAAUGUUUGGUUCUUUGUGUGCAUUAUCCAUUACAACAGCACAACGUGGAUACAUAAUGGAAACAUCAGAAGCUGUAUCUUGUCCUCCAGUCAAACCACUGCUUGAUGAACCUGAGCUAAUCACCACCAUAGACACUAAGUAUAAAAAUUUAUUCAGUGUUGCCUGCCUUACAGAUGACGAAAUCUGGACAUGUGGGGAUAUAGAUAUAAUAAAUUUCUAUAAUAACAAGGGCAUACUACUUAAGUCAGUACAAACUAAAACGAGGAGCUGGCCAGGUGACAUAGCAGUAACGAGAAGUGGAGAUCUAGUUUAUACUGAUAAUGUUUCAAGAACUGUAAAUCUAGUGAAGAAAAACCAGAUACAGGAACUGUUCAGACUUCGGGGCUGGAAACCUUACUAUGUCUGCAGUACCUCCUCUGGUGACCUCCUGGUAACCAUGAUAAGUAAUGAUAAAAAGGAAUCAAAAGUUGUUCACUACUCUGACUCCUCAGAGAAACAAACCAUUCAGUUUGAUGAUGAAGACAAGCCUCUGUUUUCAUCUCAUCACGUUAAAUACAUUAGUGAAAAUCGAAACCAGGAUAUUUGUGUGGCGGACCUCGGAGCUAAUGCUGUAGUGGUGGUUGACCAGGCUGGAAAACUCCGAUUUAGAUACACGGGUCAUCGCUCUACUACCAGCGAACCAUUUGAACCACACGGCAUUACUACAGACAGCCAGAGUCAGAUCCUGAUAGCAGACACGAACAAUCACUGUAUCCAUAUCCUAGAUCAACAUGGACAGUUCCUCCGUUACAUUAACAACUGUGAUAUAUCCUUUCCAAGUGGCUUAUGCACAGAUAAAAGAGACCAUGUCUUUGUGGCUCAGUGGAUCGGAGGUAAAGUGAAGAAAAUCAAA